UAUUGGUAAUUUCUUUUCCCUGAAUCACUAAGUGUGCUAAAGUUACUUAGCACAUCUAUUCAUUGAUUCUUGAAUACACAGACUAUCGUUAGGUGUCGUUGCGCAAAUAAAGUACCAUACUGUUGUAACUGCGCAAUGACACAUGAUGAUAGCUAUAUUAGUUGGGAAAAUAGGAAUGCAGCAAAGUGCACUGCUUUUUUAAUACAGUCGAUGGCUCGUCAUUCAGUAGUUAUUCCGAUGCUUACCUGAAUACAUUUCUAUAGUGCGCGAUCAUUUAUCGGAAAGUAAAUCGCGAAGUUAAAUACAUGAGUGAUCAUAUCGUGUUGGAUGUUCGCGUGGAUGUUCGCUUAUAAAGAAAAACCUAAAUUUUUAUUUUGUGAUUGUCAAUAAUUCGACAAUGCAACCAUCAAAUGUUGCAUUUUGGUGCUACAUGUUUCUACUUAUUGUUUCGUCCAUGAAGUCUCGGGGACAUUCUACAAACGGUGAUGAUAGCAACAAUUUCUCGAGGUAUCAUCUGGGGAACUCUACGAGGGACCGAGAUGAUAAGAUGCUCUAUGAGAUUCAUAGAAAUUUUACGAAGAAUGAUCGUGAGGAUAGUGAUUUUGUAUUGCAUACAUCUCAUGAACGUAUUAUGAAAAAUCAUGAAGAGACUAACGAAACGGAGUCUUAUGUUUCUACAGAAAUUAAUGAUAAAAGAGUCUUUACGUUGCAAAAAAUUGAUAAAAGUCUAAUGAAGUUUGAAAACAAGAGCAAUACUACAUCCUAUGACCUCUAUGAAAAUUCCAACACAGAUGAUUAUAAUAAUAAUAUAAUUAUCGCCCUCAUUCCAUAUGAGGCAUGUGAAAACAACAGUUGUCUUCAGCUCUGUUGUCCUUUUGGCGAACAUCUGACGUAUCAAAAAAAUUGCGCCGUUGGACAGAAUAAUUAUUCUUUUCCAAACCUCUACGAAAACAAGAAUGAGUCCGAGGAUAAGAAAUUGGAUCAACUAUUUCAAAUGACCGUCCAUGAUCCAUGUAUUGCAGAAGGAUAUGAACUUCGUAUCCUUGAGCCGAAUGAAUAUUCAUUUCUCAACGAUGGCUCUUUGUAUCAAACUCCUAAUCAGAUAAUUCCAUCGACAUCCUAUUGUCUUGCUAUUAUGAAACGGAAUAUUUAUGAUGUGUUCGUUUGUAAGAAACUGAUUAAAGUUCCGCUAUUUAUAAACAUUUGUCUCCUAAUAUCCGUACCAUUUUUGUUACUAACAUUCAUAGUAUAUUCCAUAUUACCGGAACUCCAAAAUAUGCACGGCCAUACAUUACGUGGACAUAUCGCUUCGUUAUUUGUCACAUACGUAAUUCUGUAUUUUUUCCAUGAAGUGAGAGAUUUGCAUUUAUCAAAGAUUUGCAUUCCUCUGGCUUACACUUUCAAUUUCUUUUUUUUGGCAAGUUUCUUUUGGCUAACCAUGACAUGCUUCGAUAUCUGGUGGACAUUUAGAAAACUCCGUUCACGUCAACAAAACUUAAAGCACAAAGAGAAAAAAAAGUUCAUAUUAUAUUCGAUUUCUGCGUGGGGAAUUUCUUUGUUUCUCACUGGUCUCUGUGCCUUCAUGGAUUAUGUUCCUGGUAUACCAGAUCACAAAGCGAUCAAACCGAAAAUGUGCGAGAGCAAAUUUUGGUAUAAUCGGGAUCUGGCAAAGGUAUUGUAUUUUUUCGUACCCACGGCUAUUUCCGUUAUCAGCAACAUUUGUUUUUUCAUCGCCACGAUAGUAAUAAUUGUUUAUCAGAAUAAAAAUACAGACCAUCAACUAAGAGAUUCAGCGAAAAAGUACUACGAUGAAAACAUGCAGAGAUUCAGAACAUAUCUGAAGCUGUUCAUAGUGAUGGGAAUAAAUUGGAUUGUAAGUUGGAUUUUUGCCAUAUUAGAGAUAUUAUGGUGGUAUGAUGUUGGGCCCAUAUUAGCGAUCAUCUGGUAUCCUAUUGACACAAUAAACGCCUUGCAAGGCCUUAUCAUUUUCGUUUAUUUGUGUGUAGAAGAAAGAUCAUGCGACAGCUACUACAAUAUUUUGGUUGGCAAGAACGCAAUGUUACAGAAUUACCAUUUUUCAAGAGUGUAAUUUCAAGGAGUACUAGUACAGUCUCGCAAAUCUCAAAUAAUACUUCCCUUACAUCAAGAUCAGGAUCGCGAGAUACCAUCAGUUCCUUUGAUUAUCAUGCAAAAUUGAAUUAAAACUCUAUUCUCCUC